AUGGACAUGUAUGUGAUUUUUCGGAUGUCGUGGGUUAAAGAUGACACUUUAGCAACAAAGGAAACCAUCAACCGAGUGAUUAAUCGGUUGAGGGACUUUAAGAGCGAGUUAGCAUCCAAUUUCCGGUCAUCAAUCAUGUCAUCCUUGGAACCUUCUCGUCGAAUUUGGGUGGAGGAUGCAAAGUUGAAAGAGGUUUCCAUCAGGCGGGAGGGAAAGAAAAACAUAAGUGUCUUAUUCAUGGAAAGCAAAAUCGCAAAGAUUCCACCGCUUUCUCACCACUGCCUUUACAAUUCCAUCCACACUCUUCAAUCUCCCUUAAUUAUUACCAUCUUGAAUCACCUUAUCACCAUAAUUAAAAACAAAUGA